AUGCCUUGUCCACCGCAAUCGGAUGAAUUGGUUUUCUUUGUGAAUGGGAGGAAGGUGAUAGAGAGGAGUGCGGACCCAGAAGUGACUCUGCUGAACUUCCUACGGAAGAACUUACAUCUCACAGGGACCAAGUACGCCUGCGGAAGAGGAGGCUGCGGCGCCUGCACCGUGAUGGUGUCUAAGCAUGACCCCGUGUCCACGAAGAUAAGACACUUCUCCAUCACUGCAUGCCUGGUGCCCAUCUGCUCUCUGUAUGGAGCUGCUGUCACCACUGUGGAAGGUGUUGGAAGCAUCAAAACUAGGCUUCACCCUGUACAGGAGAGGAUUGCAAAGAGCCACGGCACCCAGUGUGGAUUCUGCACCCCUGGGAUGGUGAUGUCCAUGUACACGCUGCUCAGGAACCACCCGCAGCCCUCAGAGGAGCAGCUCAUGGAAUCCCUAGGGGGUAAUCUAUGCCGCUGCACUGGGUAUCGGCCAAUUCUUGAGAGUGGGAGGACCUUCUGCAUGGAGUCAAAUGGCUGUCAACAGAAAGGACCAGGAAAUUGCUGCUUGGAUCAGGGAGAAAACGAUUCUUCCUCACUUGGCAGAAGAAGUGACAUUUGCACGGAGCUGUUUGCAAAAGAGGACUUCCAGCCCUUGGACCCUACCCAGGAGCUCAUAUUUCCUCCAGAACUCUUGAGGAUGGCAGAGAACCCAGAAAAACGAACCCUGACCUUUUAUGGAGAGAGGGUUACCUGGAUCUCCCCUGGGACCCUCAAGGAUCUCCUGGAGCUGAAAGUGAAACACCCUGAAGCCCCUCUGAUCCUCGGCAACACCUCACUAGGACCUGCAAUGAAAUCACAAGGACAUUUUCACCCAAUUCUGCUCUCUCCUGCUAGGAUAUCUGAGCUGACUACAGUGACUAAAACAAGUGACGGACUGACAAUAGGUGCUGGCUGCAGCCUGGCCCAGAUGAAGGACAUCUUGGCUGAGAGGAUACCCGAGCUCACAGAGGAGAAAACUCAGACGUACCGAGCCCUCCUGAAGCACCUGAGGAGUCUGGCCAGUCAGCAGAUCCGGAAUAUGGCAUCCUUAGGAGGACAUAUUAUAAGCCGGCAUUGCUAUUCGGAUCUGAAUCCAAUUCUUGCUGUGGGCAACGCUACCCUCAAUCUGAUAUCAGAAGAAGGUACACGGCAGAUUCCUCUAAACGAACAUUUUCUUGCUGGGUUGGCAAGUGCAGACCUUAAGCCAGAGGAAAUUUUGGAAUCUGUCCAUAUCCCUCACUCUCGAAAGUGGGAAUUUGUGUCAGCCUUUCGACAGGCUCAGUGCCAGCAAAACGCCUUGCCUGAUGUGAACGCUGGCAUGCGGGUCCUUUUCAGAGAAGGCACAGAUGCCAUUGAGGACCUGAGCCUUGCCUACGGAGGACUAGGGGCUGCCACAGUCAGCGCACCCAAAUCCUGCCAGCAGCUCCUGGGCAGGCUCUGGAAUGAGCUGAUGCUCAAUGAGGCUUGCAGGCUGCUUCUGGACGAAGUCUCCCUCCCAGGCUCAGCUCCGGGCGGCAAGGUGGAAUUCAGGAGGACUCUGGUAGUCAGCUUCCUCUUCAAGUUCUACCUAGAGGUUUUGCAGGAACUGAACAAGAUCGUAAGUGCUCUGGACAGCAGUCGUUAUCCCGAAAUCUCAGACCAAUUCCUGAGUGCUCUAGAAGAUCUCCCAGUCACAAUACCCCAGGGAGUCCAAACAUACCAGAGUGUGGAUUCUCAUCAACCUCUCCAAGAUCCAGUUGGGCGCCCUAUCAUGCACCUGUCUGGUCUUAAACAUGCCACUGGUGAAGCCGUAUUUUGCGAUGACAUCCCCAUGGUGGAUAAAGAACUCUUCAUGGCUUUGUUGACCAGUAGCAGGGCUCAUGCAAAAAUCAUAUCAAUUGAUUGGUCUGAGGCCCUUGAACUACCCAAGGUGGUUGAUGUGAUAACAGCUGAAGAUAUUCCAGGUACCAAUGGUGCCGAAGACGACAAAUUGUUGGCUGUAGAUGAGGUACUUUGUGUGGGCCAGAUCAUCUGUGCUGUGGUUGCAGAGACAGAAGUACAGGCAAAGCGAGCACUUGAAAAGAUAAAGAUCACCUAUGAAGAUCUGGAGCCUGUAAUCUUCACCAUCCAGAUUCCUGAGUUAGAGGUUCUUGCACAUGAGCUGUGUAAGCAGUUCCACACAAAUGCUUCUCUUCAGGGAGAAGGAGAGGUCCAUGUUGGAGGACAGGAGCAUUUUUACAUGGAAACACAAAGAGUACUUGUUAUUCCAAAGACAGAGGACAAAGAACUGGACAUUUAUGUGUCAACACAGGAUCCAGCCCACGUGCAGAAAACAGUGUCCUCCACUUUAAACAUCCCCAUCAACAGGAUCACCUGUCAUGUAAAACGAGUGGGUGGAGGUUUUGGGGGGAAGGUAGGAAGGCCAGCUGUAUUUGGGGCAAUUGCAGCUGUGGGUGCCAUCAAAACUGGUCGUCCCAUCCGUCUUGUUCUUGAUCGUGAAGAUGACAUGUUAAUAACUGGGGGAAGGCACCCAUUAUUUGGAAAAUAUAAAGUGGGAUUCAUGAAUACUGGGCGAAUCAAAGUUCUGGACAUUGAGUGCUACAUUAACGGAGGAUGCACGCUGGAUGACUCGGAACUGGUAACAGAAUUUCUUAUACUAAAGCUGGAAAAUGCAUAUAAAAUCCGCAACCUCAGGUUCCGAGGCCGUGCAUGCAUGACAAAUUUGCCAUCCAAUACAGCCUUUCGCGGAUUUGGCUUCCCACAAGGAACCCUAGUAACAGAAUCUUGCAUCACAGCUGUGGCAGCCAAAUGUGGCCUUCCGCCAGAAAAGAUUAGGGAGAAAAACAUGUACAAAACAGUUGAUAAAACCGUCUACAAACAAGCAUUCAACCCUGAGAACCUGAUACGAUGUUGGAACGAAUGUCUGGACAAAUCUUCCUUUCACAGCAGAAGAAUGCAAGUGGAAGAGUUCAAUAAGAAGAAUUAUUGGAAGAAGAAGGGCAUUGCUAUUAUCCCCAUGAAGUUUUCUGUCGGCUUUGCAGCAACGAGCUAUCAUCAGGCAGCUGCACUUGUUCACAUCUACACAGAUGGGUCUGUGUUGGUCACACAUGGAGGCAACGAACUGGGACAAGGGAUUCACACCAAAAUGCUACAGGUGGCCAGUCGUGAAUUAAAAAUACCUAUGUCUUAUAUGCACAUCUGUGAAACCAGCACAGCAACAGUGCCUAAUACAAUUGCUACAGCAGCGUCCAUCGGCGCAGAUGUCAAUGGCAGAGCUGUGCAGAAUGCUUGUCAGAUCCUUCUGAAACGCCUUGAGCCCAUCAUUAAGAAAAAUCCAGAAGGUACAUGGGAAGACUGGAUAGAAGCUGCAUUUGAACAAAGAAUCAGUCUCUCAGCCACUGGAUACUUCAGAGGCUACAAGGCCUUCAUGGACUGGGAGAAGGGGGAGGGAGACCCGUUUCCCUACUACGUCUACGGAGCUGCCUGUUCUGAAGUUGAAAUCGACUGCCUGACAGGCACUCACAAAAAAAUCAGAACGGACAUCAUCAUGGAUGCAUGCUGCAGCCUAAAUCCGGCCAUCGAUAUUGGGCAGAUUGAAGGUUCAUUUAUUCAAGGAAUGGGCCUUUAUACUAUUGAAGAGUUGAAAUAUUCUCCAGAAGGUUUCCUGUACUCCCGGAGCCCAGAUGAAUACAAAAUUCCAACCAUCACUGAUGUCCCAGAAGAGUUCAACGUCUCCUUUUUGCCCUCUUCACAAACCCCACUAACCAUCUACUCAUCCAAGGGCCUCGGGGAGUCUGGGAUGUUCCUGGGGUCAUCUGUGUUUUUUGCCAUUGCUGAUGCAGUGGCCACAGCACGCAGAGAGAGAGACAUGGCUGAGGACUUCACAGUGAACAGCCCAGCAACUCCAGAACAGGUUCGAAUGGCCUGUGCAGAUCAGUUCACAGAAAUGGGUGUAAGGAAGAUGGAGAGAGGCAAACACCUAAGCAGCAUCAGGAUCGCAGAGAACUUGUUAGAAAGGCGCAUUCUUGGGUCCCAUACCAAACCUACAGAAUCAGAAACACCGCGGGUGGGAUUCACAACCACCACGCUCAGGAGACGACGACAGAGACCUCUGCGAGACGUGGCGGCCGCAGUCGUAGGGCAGAAUUUCCCUUCUCCACCCUCUGCCUGCGUCCUCCUCACUUCAGAGUGGCAGUCCCCACCCAACCAGCACCGCAGAGCAAUGUCGCUCUGCUUCAGACUUGGCCUGACCGACUUCUGCCAACCCCCGCUAAGGCGGAGGCGAGGAGCGGCUCCCUUCACGCCUGCCAAGCCCCUGUGCCCGCCCUAG